UUUUAUAAAACAAAGUUAUUCAGCCAGUGACAUUUACUAAAUACAAUUUGUUGAGCACGCUUAAAAAUAUUAUUUAUAUUUUUCCUAAAUCGAUUUAAUAAGCAGAAAGAGAAGCAGUUCAUAUAAUAUGCAGACGAGUACUUUUACCAUAUUCGUAGUUCUUUUGUUAUGUGCUGUUUGCAGUGGAGGAGUUUUAAAACCUGUAUUUACGAAAUCAGACUGCAAUCUUCCCCAUGAAGAAGGACCAAUCCAUUGUCUAGCAUACAUUCCGGUAUUCAAAUGGGACAACGCCAAAAAGCAAUGUGUACCUGCAGUAUACGGUGGGUGCAGAAGAACAAAUAAUAAUUUCCCAACGCUAGAGCAAUGCGAACUAGCUGCUAGAAGUGUUUGUGUUUCUAAUGCUAUAUGAUACUAUUUAAUUUUGUUAAAGUAAUAUUUAUUAAAUUUUAAUAAAAUA